UUAAGUUUUCCGCCAGUCUCCGUAAACAUCAGCACCGGGAAGAAGAUCCGUGGCAGACCGUGUUCCUUUUUGUGUGAUUCCGAGUCAUUUCCACCAUUUGCUGCCUGUUGCAAGCGCGAGAACGCGUUAUCUGCGGUGAAGAAUUUCAAUAAAAAAGUUUUUGUCUCACUCACAGAAAGCGAGCAACGAAUUCGAAGUGGUUGGCAUAAGCUCGAAAAUGUCGGUUAAAUUGUUCGCUCUUGUGGUGACACUCCUAGCAGUGGCAGCCUUCGCUGCGUCGACUGUCAAGGCUCAAUCACCCGAAGCGGCAGCAACGGUGCCAACUCAUGAACAGCUGGUGGAACAGCGGGUGGCUUCCACAUUGCAGGUUGUCAAUGUGCUUGUUGCCAAGUCUAGCGCUCCCCAAGCGGUGAAGGAUGCUGUCCUGGCUGAAGCCAAGCAAGAGAUAACGACUUGCGCCGAACGAGCUAUCGUAGAUAGACUUCCCGGACCGUUCUAUGCCUGUUCCGGUCGAGUCAUCAGCAAUGCAAGUACUGCGCUAAGUGCUGCUACCUCGUCAGGUGCCAGCUCAGUGAACUAACUGACCAUUUGUCCGCAUGCCUUCUAUUUUAUUGUUAAUAUAAUAUUUUGGAAUAAAUUUGAAUGAGAUUAUGAUCCGUGGUCAAUGAUCUGUUCCAAAAAUUAAAUG